AUGGAUGAUAGUUUAUGUGGAAAAAUUGGCUUUUUGAGGGAGUAUUUGCCUGAUGACUUGGAAAAAACUAAACCACUUGAUUUUUAUGGAUACCCGAGUUUCCAAAAAUACUGUCCUAGUAAUAACUGCCAUAAUGAUCUCGAAAAAAUUACGAUUGGAUUUUUAUGGUUACUUGAACAAUAUUUUACUGAAUACCCACCUAAAGGUAAUAUUAUAAAAGAUACUAAACCAUUUUUUCUAUAUAUUAUUUUAUGGUUAAGUUACAAAUUAAAUAAAAACAAAGAGCACAAAACUGCCCAAAUAAAUGAAUUUUAUAAUAAGCAUGUAAAAAAUGGUGGUGAAUAUAGUAAUUUUAAUAGUGAUUCCAGUAAAUUUACAAUUCUUGAGGAAUUCAUAAAUAAAGAAAAAGAUUUGUUGAAUAUUGAUAUUAAAGAUCUGUCUAAAUUUUAUGAUGCAUCCAAAUUAAUAUGUAAUAUGUAUGGUAAUGCUUCAAAGAAUCAAACAGGCGAAACACUGUCAAAUGAUGCUAAUAGUUUUGUUCAAAAAUAUACAGACCUCAAAGAUGGCUAUAAUAAUAAAGGAACUCCAUAUAGUCAAAUAUUGUCUGCUUUAUCAACUGAUUAUGAUAAUAUAAAAAAUAAAUGUAAAAAUCGUCAAUUCCUUCCAGAGAUAACAGCAAACAUUUCUGCACUAAAAUAUGGAGAUACAUCAAGUUCGUCGAUAGGAAACAGAUUAUUUACAGUUUUAUCGAUAUUUGGUGCAAUAGCAUUUUUUUUAGGAAUAUCUUAUAAGUAUUCAUUAUUUGGAUUUCGGAAACGAUUUCAAAAACAAAAAUUAAGAGAAAAACUAAAAAAUGUAAAGAAGAGAAUGAAUCAUUAA